UGAAGAAGAAGAAGAAGAAGAAGAAGAUGAAGAAGUAGAAGCAAGAUGGCCAAAGGAGGGUGUGUGGGUGAACAACUGGUUACUUCAUCGUAUGGUUCGCCUGUUCCUUUGAUUGGGCUCUACAUCGUAGCUGCAACACUGGUAUGCUUCUUUUGCAUGACUUUUGAUUUGGUGUAUGGAUUCAUUCGGAAGAAACCCUUUUUGCCCUGUAAAUUGUUCCCUAUGAAUGCAUUCACCAUGACAAUGGUAGCAAUAGCCACGAAAAUCCCAGUUGAUCUUACCACACCUAUGCCUAGAGCUGAGGAUCAGCUCUCCAAGCUCACUGGCACUGCAUUGCUUUGCACCUCACUUGGGUUUUAUUUACCCUCACUGGGGACUAUGGGCACAUCCGAGCGCUACGGAAACUUGGCAGCAUUGAGCGUGAUGGUGAUUACUGUGGUUGCUAAUGUGUGUAUACAAAUGGGCACAGGUGUGAUCUUUGCCUUCACAACAGAACACAUCAUCAUCAUGGUCUGCAUCUUAGUAUUGCUUGUGUUGAUGUGGUCAUCUGCUAUAGCGUUUAGAGCCCAAAAAGAGCCCUGGAAACCUAUAUACAAUGAUUUGAUUAAAGAUUUAAAGCAUGAAAAGGGUGUGCAAGGAUUGAGAAAACUGUUAGUGAAGCUCCACAUAAUCAACUAUACAGGCAACCCUCAGACAUUGUUAUGUGAAAUUGCUCAUAAUCACACUUUUGGCUUAGUAUGUGCCCUAUCUUCAGCAGUUGUCUUAGAAGCCAUGCUCAGAUCGUUUGCCCUAAAAACUGUGAGGUUAUAUUGUGGUAGUGGUGUUUCUGACUACAAAUGGUCAAUUCCCAUCUUGAUUGUAGCCCAAUUUUUAACCAUUGCAGUGGGGAAUUUUUCCAUCAUCUUUAGAUGGCUUUCUUUUGUCAUCCACACUGACGGUUCAGUUGUUUAUCUUCGGCCAGAGCUAGAACUUGAAUUUCUGAAGUUGAAGGCCUUCUCUUUUAGGUUCUUCCACAGAAAGCUCUCUAAUGUCUUUCUAGUUUCCAAGAACUUUAUCUUGGAUGUGCUUAUACGAACCCAAAUCAUGUUGUUUAUAUGCAGCGGCUUCCUUUGGUCACCAAUUGCCAUUGUCAAGAUAUUGUUUUUGGGCGAAACAUAUGAGCAUAUCUUCGACGAGGAAAGCCGAGAUAUAAAAGAAAUGUUGAAAGAAAUGUCUACUUCUCAUUCUGAAAUAGAGCGCUUUGUAUUUGUAUGUGUGGAGUUCAACCCUUAUAACACUUGGAUGAGUAAAAUGGCCAUGAGAGACAUGAUGAGAUGGAGAAAUACAUAUAAGAGGGACUGCCCAACUCAUCUCAUCCAAUUGAUACCCAAUUGUCCUGCUUUUGCUUCAAAAUCAGAAUGUGCCUUCUCCUUCAUAAGAAAAUUAGAAGCUACAGGGAAAGGUUAUUUGAAGAGAUCAAUAGCUUCUGACUAUGAGUACAAAGUUUCGUGCGUAUCUGUGUUGGUCCUUUCUGCAAUGCUUGCAGAAUUGUUACCAUCUUCUUCCCAUAAGGAAUCUCUAAUGCAGAGCUUAAAGGAGUCAUUUGAAAUCAUUUAUUAUGUUGACCAGAAGACCACCCAUACCCCCAGUGAGUAUGAUCAAAUUAAAUGGAUGGUAGCAAAAGAUGUGUGGGCACAAUGGGAGAAUCCCAACCAUUGGUUCCAAGCCGAGAUCAUAUCGCGUGCAUUCAAGAAGAAAUCCAAGGAUUCCGAUUUGGAGCAACAUGAUGCCCUUGGGGUUCUUCGGGAAGCUUUUGAUGCUGCAGAAAAUUUUUAUGGGGAUGUUACAGAUUUACGCAUUGAUAUAAGUUCUGGUACACCAUUUGCUAUGAAGCACAAGACUUUCAUUGCAAUUGAAUUUUCGAUCAUUUGUCAAUUCAUAGUACAAGAAUUGGAGUGUGAACCAGAUAUGGAUGUGUUUGAUUUCCUAGCAAAGGGUUUUGUAGAAAUGCUUUGUUUUACCCUGCCCGGUCUCCCACUGGCCAUACUGAAGGAGAUCGACGGAGAUGAUCCAAUUGAAAUAGGCGAAGGAAGAGUGAAAACAGCCUUGAAGUUCCUUUGUAAACUUGAGUUAUUAGGUGACAAAGUCGAAUGGUCAUGGCCAGCAAAAUUUGACCCUAAAACUCAAGCAAAUGUUGUCCAUUCUAACUCUCCUGUAGUUGCUCCUGCUGCCUGUGUUUCAGAAGUUGAGGCUAGGAUUUCAAAUGUCGUCGAAGGAAAGGUUGGAAAUAGUGAUGCUUCCCUUGCUGUUGUAGAAGAAGAAGAUGAUGAUACAAUUAGAGAAAUAUGAUCUGAUGAGAUUGUAUGAAUGACGAUUUCAGUUCUUCUAAGUGUUCAAUAUCUAGUUUGUGGUAUCAUGUGGAUCAAUAUUGUGAUUAAAAAUUUUAUUUCACUGCUAACUUAUGAACAAUUUUUGCUUUCA